AUGACCACCCGCCUCGUGCUCGUCCUGCUGCUGCUGUGGGCGCGAGAGGCAGCCCUGAUGGAGCCGGAGAUUUGCUAUGUCCUGGAUGCCAUCCUCUUCCUCUACGGCAUCGUCCUCACCGGGCUCUACUGUCACCUCAAGGUCCAGGUCAAGAGAGCAUCCCAAGAGAGCUCCAGAGCAGCCAGGGAGCACAAAGGAGAAUCCAUCUACACCGGGCUCACCACGGAAAGCCAGGAGAUGUACGAAACCCUCGAGCGCAAAACCUCCUAG